AUGUCCCGCCGCGUGACGCCUGCCCGCGACCGGUGCUUGGAGCUGGAGCGCUUCAUCGCCGGCCGCGCCCGCUCGGGAAGCCUUGGCGUCGAUGAUGCCCUCAAGCUGUUCGACGAAUUGCUCCCGAUCGCCAGGCCCGCCUCGGUUUGCGCCAUCAACAACCUCCUUAACGCCGUCUCUCGCGCCCGUGGCCCUUCAACCUCCGCGCUCGCCGUGUCCCGCUUCAACCGGAUGGCCCGUGCCUCCUCCAACAAGGUGCCCCCGGACCUUCGCACCUACAGCAUCCUCAUCGGUUGCUUCUGCCGCAUCGGCCGCCUGGAGCUUGGUUUCGCCACCUUUGGCCUCAUCCUUAAGACAGGCUGGAGGGUGGAAGCCAUAGUCAUCAAUCAGCUUCUAAAUGGUCUCUGUGAAGCAAAGAGGGUGGGGGAGGCCAUGGACGUAUUGCUCCAACGAAUGCCCGAGUUUGGCUGCACGCCCGAUUUAUUCUCAUACAACACGAUUCUUAAGGGCUUCUGCAAUGAAAAGAGAGCUCAGGAGGCGCUGGAGCUGCUCCGCAUGAUGACUGAUGAUCGAGAUGGUAGCUGCCCACCAAACGUGGUGGCGUACAACACUGUCAUCAAUGGCUUCUUUAGAGAGGGUCAGGUGGACACAGCUUACAGCCUAUUUCAUGAAAUGCCCGAUCGGGGGAUUUUGCCUGAUGUUGUGACCUACACCGCAGUCGUUGAUGGUCUAUGCAAAGCUGGAGCAGUUAGCAGGGCCGAGGGUGUCCUUCAGGAGAUGAUUCAUAAAGGUGUUAAGCCAAACAUUAACACAUAUACUUGUCUGAUCAAUGGAUAUUGCACUUCAGGACAACGGAAAGAGGUGGUUCGAAUACUUAAAGAAAUGUCCACACAGGGUCAGCGACCAAAUGUUGUUACUUAUAAUUUGCUGCUGGACUAUCUUUGCAAGAAUAGAAACAGCACAGAAGCUAGAAAGAUUUUUGAUUCUAUAAUUGAAAAGGGCAUACAACCUGAUGUAACUACCUAUAGCAUUCUGCUUAAUGGGUAUGCUUCGAAAGGAGAUCUUGCUGAUAUGCAUGAUCUCUUAGAUCUGAUGGUGGCAAAUGGUAUUUCACCUAACCAUCGCGUCUCCAACAUAGUGUUCUGUGCAUAUUCUAAAGGUGGUAUGAUAGAUGAGGCAAUGCAUAUAUUUGACCAGAUGAGGCAGCACGGGUUGAGUCCUAAUGUAGUCAAUUAUGGAGCACUAAUAGAUGCACUUUGCAAGUUGGGAAGAGUGGAUGAGGCCAUGCUUAAAUUCAAUCAGAUGAUCAAUGAAGGGGUGACUCCUAAUAUCAUUGUUUUUACCUCCCUAGUUUAUGGACUGUGCACCGUUGACAAAUGGCGAAAGGUUGAGGAAUUAUUUUCUGAAAUGCUGAAUCAAGGUAUCCAUCCCAAUGCCUGGUUCUUCAACACAAUAAUGUGUAACCUAUGCAGAGAAGGACGGGUCAUGGAAACUCAGAGUCUCAUUGAUUUGAUGGUACGCCUGGGUGUGAGACCUGAUGUUAUCUCAUAUAAUACAUUAAUAGAUGGCUACUGCUUAGUUGGUAGGAUGGAGGAAGCUAUGAAGCUACUUGAUGUUAUGGUCUCGGCUGGUUUGAAACCUGAUGUUGUUGCCUAUAAUACUUUGCUUCACGGCUACUGUAAAGCUGGCAGGAUAGACGAUGCAGUUAGACUUUUCAAAGAAAUGUUGAGCAAUGCGGUUACACCAGAUAUCAUCACUUAUAACACGAUACUGCAUGGUUUAUUUGAGUCUGGGAGGUUUUCUGAAGCAAAAGAACUCUAUCUCAAUAUGAUCAAAAGUGGAGCGCAGUUGAACAUUUACACGUACAACAUAAUUCUGAAUGGUCUUUGCAAAAAUAAUUCUGUUGAUGACGCAUUCAAAAUGUUUCAGAGUCUAUGUUCUACGAAUUUUCAACUUGACACUAUUACUUUCAACAUUAUGAUUGAUGCUUUGCUCAAAAGUGGCAGAAAGGAAGAUGCCAUGGAUUCGUUUGCUGCCAUCUCUGCCCAUGGUUUAGUUCCAGAUGCUGUGACCUAUUGCUUAGUGACAGAACAUCUCAUUAAAGAAGGGUUGCUAGAUGAGUUUGACAAUCUGUUUUUGGCGAUGGAAAAAAGUGGAUGCACUCCAAACUCAGGUAUGCUAAAUGCUAUAGUAAGGAGGCUGUUGCAUAGAGGUGAGAUAAUGAGGGCUGGGGCUUGCCUCUCCAAAAUUAAUGAGAAGAACUUCUUACUUGAGGCAUCCACAACUUCCUUGCUAUUAUCAGUUUUCUCAAGGGAAGAAUAUCGGCACCACGUGAAGUCCCUGCCUGAAAAGUAUCAUUUUCUUGAGGAAAUCACCAGAUGA